CACUCUCCCGAGACGGCGCCUGCGCGGGUCACCAUGCUGUCAGCGGGCCGACGCGGUCGGGCCUUGCUACAGCUGCGGCGUCUCCGGAGGCGGUCGGGGAUCGCGACCUGUCCAUUCCUGCCUGGCCUUGGGCAAGAGCCCUUCGAGAGAUCCCGGUCACUGUGUUCUGAGCCCUCGCAAAGAGACGUGCGAGAUGGAGAAAGAGAGCGUAAGGCGGCACAGAAGAAAGUCCCAGGAGCAGAGGUGCCUCCAUCUCUCCCUCUGCGCGGCCGCGGCAUUGGGACCAGAUGUCUUUCGUCACUGGAAAGCCUCAGACUGUCGACGUCUGGAGAGAAGUCACCCCCUCGAGAGCGCGAGGACUCGAGUGGAGACCAAGGCCAGUCUGAUCCUGCAUACCGAGGACCCGGGGGUCCCUCACUGCCCGCCCUGGCCCAGUCCGUGACCGAGGUCGAAGAACUUCACGUCUCCUCUGCCUGGUCAACUUCCAGAGAAGAGCCCUUUCGGGCCGGCGAGCUAAUUUUAGCUGAGCUUGGGAAGAGAGAAACACAAUUUAAAAAAUUAUUUAGAUUGAGCAACGCCGGACACUUAAACAGUAACUGGGGGACAGUCCCAUUCAGCGAUAUCGUGGGGAAGUUCCCUGGCCAGAUACUGAGGAGUUCCUCUGGUAAGGACUUCAUGCUGAAGAGGCCGUCAUUGGAAGACUAUGUAUUACUGAUGAAAAGGGGGCCUGCCAUAACAUAUCCAAAGGAUAUGAAUAUGUUGCUGACGAUGAUGAAUAUCUACCCAGGUGAUACUGUUUUGGAAGUUGGCUCUGGCUCUGGUGGAAUGAGCUUAUUUUUAUCCAGAGCAGUUGGAUCACAAGGACGAGUCAUAAGUUUUGAAAUACGAAAAGACCACCAUGAACUGGCUAAGAAGAAUUACAAACACUGGUGCGAUUCAUGGAAAAUAAGUCAUGUAGAAGAGUGGCCAGACAAUGUGGAUUUUAUUCAUAAGGACAUUUCAGGAGCAAUUGAAGACAUAAAAUCUUUAACAUUUGAUGCGGUAGCUUUGGAUAUGUUGAAUCCUCAAGUUGCUUUGCCUGUUUUAUACUCAAAUCUUAAACAAGGUGGUAUAUGCGCUGUAUAUCUAGCAAACAUCACACAGGUUAUUGAACUUUUAGAUGGAAUUCGCGUCUGUGAACUUGCUCUCUCAUGUGAAAAGAUAAGUGAAGUCAUUGUCAGAGAUUGGUUGGUUUGCCUUGCAAAACAGAAAAAUGGAACUCUAGCUCAAAAAGUAGAACCUAAAAUCAACACAGAUUUACAAUUACAUUCUCAAAAGGAGAUUAGAAUUGAAGGUGAGAUGUUUCAAGAGGAUGACCAUGAAGAAUCACAUUCUCAUUUUCCAUAUGGAUCAUUUCCCUAUAUUGCCAGACCUAUACACUGGCAAACUGGUCAUACAGCUUUUCUUGUCAAGUUGAGGAAGUUCAAACCACAACUUAACUGAGUACCUCAGAUGACAGCAACUGAUUGGAAGACAGAAAAGUAUCAAAAUAGAACUUUAUAUUACAGAUCAUUACUUCCAUAGAUUGGUAUUUUAGCUAUUUCUAUGAUUUGUAUAACUUUUACAUAUAAUUUUGAAAAAUAACAAAAUCUAAAGGAAGAUGUAUAACAUUUCAAAACUGCUUAAAUGUCCCAUUUUGACACUUGUCUUGCAGUUAGUUUGACAUAUUGUAGUUAAUGAUUCCAAGUUGAUUUAGUUGAGCCAUCUCAUUCUUCACUUCCUGUAAACCACUCCAUAGAUUUGUCUUUCUUCAUGAAAUUAGUUUUCUUUUCUUUCUUUGAUUGAUGGUCAUUGGCUAUCGAAAUAAAAUGUGCAUUUUUAAGAUAAGUUUUAUGUAUCGGUGUAUUUUAAAUACAUAUUUUAAUGGUUGUAUGUAUCUUAAAAAAAUAGCAAAUCUGAAUUAUAGUAAACAAUAGGGGGAAGACUGAUAAGUAUAUCAUCACCUUAAAAAUUGUUAUAAAGGAUGUAACAAUUCUUGCAUCUCUUUUAUCCUCAGCUUGAAAGAACAUCAGAAUUGUUCUGUUAUUACAUAAAUCAAAUGCUUGGAGAAAUAUACUUUAUAAAUAUGAAUUAAUUAGGACUAAGGCUUAUUAUCCAUAGGCACCAGUUAUUUUGCAUUUGCCAUGUGCCUGACAUUGUUUUGAGAAUUUUAUAUUUUUUCACGUAGUAUGUAUAACUCAUCUUUAAAGUUAUCUAUAUUUUAUAGAUAAGAAAAGGCUUAGAGUGGCUAGGUUGUUGUUUAAACAUAGAUGUUUUAUAGAUUUUAAAUGCCUACAACACCUGGUAUUCCACGGUGGUCUCCCAUCCAAGGACUAACCAGGCCCGACUCUGCUUAGCUUCCAGAUCAGAUGAGAUCGGGCACGUUCAGGGUGGCAUGGCCGUAGUAUAGGUUUUAAAGUAGUGGUGCCUAGGAGGAUUAAUGCUAUUCCUGGAUUUUCCCUUAGUCUAGAACUACUUAAAGUGACAUAUACAUUCUAAAUAACAGUUUACACAUUUUUUAUUAUGUGGAAAUUUUUAACCGAAAACCUUUGCCUUUAUAGACUUUACAGUCUAUGAUAGAGCUAGACAUUAAAUAAUCACACAAAUAUGAAACUAAAACUGUUAUAAAUGCUCCAAAGAAGUACAGGGUACUAUAAUAGAGGUUUUGCUCCGAUCAAGUUAUUACCUGUGCAGUGACAAGUGAACUGAGAUCUGAAUGGUAAAUAAGAGUUAACUACAGUAGGGAAAAUGAGAACAAAAAAGGCCAGUGAUGGUAGAGUUGAGUGAGAGACUGGAAAGAUAGGUAGGGGUCAAGCCAUAGGAUCCUGUAGACCUUUAAGAAAAAUGGGGUGCCACUGAAGGAUUUAUUGAAGGGGUAACAUACUUAGAUCUGUGUUUUGAAAAAAACAUCACUCUGGUUGCAUUUAAAGAAUUGAUUGAAUCAUAAAUAGAGUGUUCUGGUGUCAUAUUUCAGUAUGUUAAGUAUCUGAACACUCAUAAAAUAAUAAUGGCUCUAUAGUUUCCAUAACAUUUCCAGAUAUAUAGAAGCUCUGAAGUACAUUCUUAACUUAUGUCAUAGAAUACUGUCUUUUCUUCUGCCCUUCUAUUUAACUAGCAAUGAGUUCUGUUCUUCAUUUAUUGUUUUGAAUGCAGGCCUUGAUUGUAGUAUUUGGAGAAGUGGCUGACUUAAGAGCAAAGAAAAGUUGUGCCUUCUAUUUCAGUAGAAUAGUUUCUGUUCAGUAUACUGUGCUUAGUAGAUGUUGAAUUGAACAAGACCUAACAUUGUCCAUUCUAAUUUUGAGUUGAAAACCAAACCACAUAACUAUUUAUAUAGUUAAUGAAAGUCCAGCUUAAGCCCUUUCUCUAUCUCUCCAUCAAACACUAUGGCUUAUGGGAUGGAUGCUUUCUUCUAAAGUUAGCUUUCUAUGUUCAUGUCUAGUUCUCAUUUACCAUAGCAAAACUCCUAGAGAUUUGUGAAUGACUCACAACUGUCUUUCCAGUACCUUCCAGAGGCCUUGCCUUUUCCACCCAGUAAGUGGUCAAUAAGUUUGCCGAUGGCUUUAAACCAAGGUCAUUUCUGUUUCUUCUGUUGCCUUGGUUGUUCUAGAGGGAAACUUAGGUAUAUAGCUCUUAGAUUGUGGAAGACUUUAAGUUUGAACUUUAUACUUCAGAGGCAAUAGGGAAUUUCUGAAGCUUCCAUGGUUGUGUAAAAGGAGAGAUUUUUAAAAAGUUAGUGGUAUUUGAGUAUUUAAAAGAAAGAAAAUACUAUUAAUUCAGAAAUUUCAUAAUAACACAUAGUAUACAUGAAGUGGUUGGUAGCAAUAUACAACUAUGAGAUGAGGAAAAGGGGCAGAUAUAAAAAAAUAUAUACUAUGAAGGAAGAACCUGAUAAGCUGGUAAUUUGUUGGAAGUAGUGGGAAAGAAGCUAUAUAUUUUCAAACUUUUAUCUACUAUUCAGAAGCCCUUUCCCAAACUUCUCUGGGCAAAACAGGAUUCGGUCAAUGGCCAGCUCAUAUACUUCCUCUGAAAAGCCUUCACCAAGUCUCUUACCUCAUGGAAUUAAUUCAGGAAUCUUUCGUGUUCCUAAAUAUUGAUCAAAUAAUUAGCAUUGCCUUUAUCACAUCAUUAAUUUAUAAGCCCUGAUUAUGCCUUAUUAAGUGUAAGAAUUUAAAAUCUGGGUGACUAGAACAAUGAUAAUGACAAAAAGUUCAGAGGAGGAUUUGUUUUUGAGGAAAAAUUAUUUGGUUUUAGAUUACAUAACAAUGUCCUAUGCCUGUCCCCAAGACCCAGGACUAAGAUUUAGUAUAUUGCUUUUUACCCUUGGCUUCACUCUAAAAUCUGAGGAGUUCUCAGAUAAUACAUAAUAAUACAGAUCCUUGUUUCAGGUGGACUAGCCUAGGUGUCAUAGGCUUAAGAUAGCAUAAGAGAAACAAAUGUAUAGUUGACUCUCAAAAAAUGUGGAGGUUAGUGGCGCUGACCCCCACUGCAGUCGAAAAUUCAUUAUAACUUUUGAUUCCCCAAAAACUUAACUAUAGUUGGCCGUUUGUAUCUGCAGGUUUUACAUCCAUGAUUCAACCAUGGAUUGAAAACAGUAUUUUCGAUCCGAGAUUGGGAAUCGGUGAAUGCGGAGGGCCAGCUGUAUUAAUGGUCUACUGUUGACUGGAAGCCUUUCCAAUAACAUAAACAGUCAAUUAACACAUAUUUUGUAUUUUAUAUGUAUUAUAUAGUCUUCUUAAGCUAGAGAAAAUAUUAUUAAGAAAAUCAUAAGAAAAAUACUUACUGUAUUUAUUGGGGGUGGAAAUCCACAUAUUAGUGGACCCAUGCAGUUCAAACCCUUGUUGUUCAAGGGUCAACUAGUUCAGUUAGUAUAAAAAUAUGCAGUGUAUUCAGGUAGAACUGGGUUCCCAUCAUGCUGUUUUGCUCUUGUUUUACCUUGCAACUGUGACUUUUCUGAGUGUGUUUCUUCAGUAAAACAAGUGUCAUAAUGCCACUUUAAGAUUUGUUGGUGGGGGGGAGGUCUGAUGUUAAAUGAGACUACCUUUAUAAAAUGCCUAGCACAUGAUCAGUGACUGGAUAUAUGUAAAUUUGUAAAGAAUGCUUCAUCUAUCCCCCCCAACCUUGUCAAACUGAAAAAUAUUUUGUUCUUAAUAAUUGUCAUAAACAAGUUAAUAUAAAACUUAUUUUUUAACGUUUUGUUUUGAGAAAAGAAUUUUAAAGGUAGAAAAAUGUGUUUUUACCUAAAAAGUAAGAAGUUGCUUGCUUAUAUUUGAAAGAAAGAAGGAAGCAUUGAUAACUAUCUAUUGCUCAGUUUUAUCAUAAAAGCCUGGAGCAGAAUACAAUUUCUUUUUCUCUCCUGGAGAAUGCUGACUUGAGUUUUCUGCAACCACAAACCGUUAAGUGAUUCCAACCACCCUCUGUGAUGGGAGGAAGAACAAUUUGCUAGCAGAAGUCACUACUAGGAAUCAUCAGCUGCUGAGGCAGUGAAAGACUUGACCACUGCUCCCGAUAACAUUGUGUUACCCUUAAACCGCCUUUCCCUCUUCCCCGAAACUGCUCACUCCCUUGUUAAGCCUAUUGAGGGAAAAUGAAUGUAAAAGUUUACUGGCCAAGUGUAUGUAUGAUCAGUAAUUUUCUUUGUAUUGCCUACCCUCUGUCAUCGAAACAAAAGGUCUUAUUUAACCUUGAGUUAAUACUCUGAAUAAAACAGUUAACAAGUAAA